AUGACGUUGGCAGACUACCCCCUCCCACCCAAGAAUACUUUGGUACAGUCAUAUCAGAACCAAUCCCUUCGCGAUGCUCCGGUUCCAGCGGCAGUGAUAGACGUGGCCAAGGUAAAAGAAAAUUGUCGAGCCAUGCUCGAUGCUAUCCAGCAAUUUGGUGUUAGUUUCCGAGCUCAUGUCAAGACUCACAAAACCUCAGAAAUCACCAGACUGCAAGUGGGCCCCGAUUGCAAGGACGUGAGACUGGUCGCUUCAACCGUCCUUGAAACUGAACAUCUGGCACCUCUCCUCUUGGAUUACAAGCAACGAGGUGCAAAGAUCAAUGUGCUGUACGGUGUUCCGCUGGGUCCCUCCCACGUCAAACGACUGGCUGCCGUGGCGCGUCAAUUGGGUGACGGUUCGAUCACCGUAAUGAUGGAUCAUCCAGAUCAAUUAGAGCCAGUAAAGGAAUUCAAAGCACAGGCAGGUUUCCCGGCUUCGGUAUUCGUCAAGACCGACUCAGGGUAUCAUAGAGCAGGGCUAAAUCCGAAUUCCACGGAAAUGCUGAACCUGCUCCACGAAGUAAGCAAGGGAGAGUCUCGAGGUGAUCUCCAUAUGCUCGGGUUUUACUCGCACAACAGUCUCAGUUACGGUGGUUCAUCACCGGACCAGGCUAUGGACAUGCUGAAGCUAGAGAUUGACGUCUGCCGGCAUGCUUCUCAACACUUCAAGAUGGAUCGUCAAGCACCACUCAUCGUCUCCGUCGGUGCAUCUCCCACGGCGCUUUCCCUACAAAAUAUUCUUCCUUCACACCCGAGUUCUACCUCUUCGGCCCAUGCUCUCCAAAACACGCUAGAGCUGACAAAAUCUAACCUCGAACUGGAAAUCCAUGCUGGUGUCUAUCCUAUCAUGGAUAUGCAACAAGUGGCAGCCAGUAGUCGUCAUUUCACGUCAGAUCCGCAUGACACCAUUUCCGUGUCUGUGCUUGCCGAAGUAUGUUCUUUAUACCCAACCCGCACAGAUCGGCCCGAAGCUCUCAUCUCUGCUGGUGGCCUUGCUCUUGCUCGAGAGCCUUGCAAGGACUAUCCGGGAUGGGGAGUUGUCAGCCCUUGGAACAUGCCCGAACUUUACAAGACCACCCAGCAGGAUAGAAUCAUUGUCAAUCGCAUAAGUCAAGAGCAUGGAAUUCUCUCUUUCGAAAAGAAUUCGGAAAAGCGCCAGCUUCCUCUCCACUAUGGACAAAAGCUGCGCGUCUGGCCAAACCACGCUUGUAUUACGCUCUCAAUGUUCGGCUGGUAUCUGAUUGUUGAUUCUAGCACCAGUUCUCCUGACAAAAUUGUUGAUGUCUGGGUGAGAUGGCGAGGCUGGUAA